AACACAAGAUUUCUAUUCAAAGAGAUAGUAGUCUGAAAACAACUACCUACUUGAUAAGAAAAAUCCAUGAUGAUGUUUAAGGUAACACUUAUCUGUGCCCUUCUCGGGUGUGUCUUCGGACGUCAAUACAAAAUAGUCGCGGAGAGUGAGAUUGAUAUCCAAGGAAUGAAAGAUCGAGUAUCCUACCCGGGAUACUUCGACAAAUCGUGGCGUGACAUCUUCAACGAAAAACAGCUUCACAGACAACCAAAAUGGAAGAUUGUUGAGAAUGAUACCGAACACAAAUCGUACGAAGUUCGUCAAUACGACGAAGCCUGGUUUGUGUCUUCACACACUCCCUGUCUGAAUCAGAGCGAAUCUGCCGCUGAUGGUUACGUUCGCCUUUACAUCUUCAUGGACAUCAACAAUGUAAAGCACCCAAACCAAUAUCCUCUUACCUACCCGAUCUUGUCAAAGGUUGAAUUGGGAGCUGAAGCCAUUGAUCGUCAUAUCAAAACCAGUGGCGAUAACGUCCGCGUUUCUGAAACCGACGAAGAACAGGUUUCAGCAAACAAACCCGUUGAAUAUGUCGUCGGCAAUGAGCGCAUCCGGUAUACACCCCAGCACAAAACCCCGAUCGUCGAUGGCAAAGCUAAAGAUUUGAAGAGAAUCUGUCCUGACCGUUUCUCUCAGCAAUUUUACCUUCCAAUCCCAGUAACCCAAACCCCACCCAAACCCUCUGAUGUUAGCAUCUCUACUGAUUUAGUCCCAAAACGCACUUACUUUGUUCGCCGAUACGCUGACGAGUUUACUCACGAAAGUCAGAGAAAUUGCAACCUCCAGGCUGGUCUACUCGCCCGCACUUUGGCACUCUCUGGUGUUCGAUUCAACCCACGCUCAUAUUAUUGCGCUAUGUACGAACCAGGUACUAGUGACGUCACAGCCCAUUUCGAAGUUUGGUUUGAAGCCGUGAAUGAAAUGUAACUCUGAUUGUGGAGGAAAAAAAGGAAAAAAAAUUAUCAUUUUAUCAUAUCAUUUUUAGAGCAAUGGAACAAAUGCAGCUGUUACCUAAAUUUACCUUUUCACAAAUUAAGAUUGCAGAAAGUUAGUUAGUUUAAUAUUGAGCAGAUUUGCCUAUUAAAUUUGAAUUUAUGCU